AUGUACUCGGAUUUGGAGAGUGACUACAUUAACCCAAUCGAGUUGUGCCACAAGUUGAACCCAUGGUUUAUUCCUGAAGCCGGAUUGCACGGUUUCUUGACCUUACUUUUCUUGCUCAACGGCUACUGGUUUGUGUUUUUGUUGAACUUGCCAUUGUUGGCUUACAACGUCAACAAGUUCCUCAAGAAAAACCACUUGUUGGACGCCACUGAGAUCUUCAGAACAUUGUCCAAGCACAAGAAGGAGAGCUUCGCCAAGUUGGGAUUCCACUUGUUGAUGUUCUUCUUCUACUUGUACAGAAUGAUCAUGGCUUUGGUCGGUGACGAG